AUGUUACAUGUGACCUUGGCUCCUGGCUUGGCUGGGGCUGGACUGCUCUCUCGUCCUCUCUCCCAGCACCUCACCUUCCCCCUGCUGUCGGUCACCCUCCUGGUGUCCUUUGGCUCCUCCAUGCUCUAUGGCUACAACCUGGCCGUGGUGAACUCGCCGGCUGUGCACAUAAAGGCUUUCUACAACACCACGUGGUCCCAGCGGUAUGGGCAUGGGCUGGACCCUGGCCCUCUGACCCUCCUCUACUCCCUGACUGUCUCCAUCUUUGCCCUGGGUGGGCUGGUGGGCUCCUUGCUGGUGGGGAUGCUGGUGGAGCGGUAUGGCAGGAAUGGUGCGCUGAGCCGCAGUGCUCUCCUCGUCCUCCUGGCCGGCGGUUUCAUGGGCUUCAGCCGGGAGUUGAGGUCCCCUGAGAUGGUGAUCAUUGGCCGCUCCAUCACAGGGCUACACUCAGGCAUCUGUCUUAGCGUGGUGCCUCUCUACCUGGGAGAAAUUGCCCCCAAGAACCUGCGGGGUUUCCUGGGCCUCAUGCCCAGCAUCUUCAUCUGUCUGGGGGUUUUCUUCGCGCAGGUCCUGGGUCUCCCAGAGCUGCUGGGUGAGGACAGGUUCUGGCCCCUUUUCCUGUCGGUGGUGGCCGUUCCUGCCUCCCUCCAGCUCCUGCUGCUGCGCUGCUUCCCCGAGAGUCCACGGUACCUGUUGAUAGAGAGGAACGAUGUCUGCGGGGCCACCAAGGCUCUGUGCCGGUUCCUGGGGACACCAGAUGUGCAGGAUGUGAUUGAGGAGAUGAAGGAGGAGCAACGGUUUCUCUCCUCUGUGGAGAUGAUCUCUGUCUGGCAGCUGCUGCGGGACCGCUCCAUCCGCUGGCAAACCCUCUCAGUGGUGGUGGUGAAUGCUGGCAUGCAGCUCUCGGGGAUCGAUGCCAUCUGGUUUUACACCAACACCAUCUUCCAAAACGCCGGAAUCCCUGUAUCCCAGAUCCCCUACACCACCGUGGGCACUGGCGCCAUUGAAGUUGUUGCUGGUCUGAUCGGGUGCUUCACCAUUGAGAAGCUGGGCCGGCGGCCCCUUAUCAUCACUGGCUUCUGCACCAUGGGCAUCUGCUUGGCUGGCAUCACCGUCUCUUUGCUGCUGCAGACCGCCCUGCCCUGGAUGCGCUACGUCAGCGUCGUCUGCAUGAUUGGCAUCAUCGCCGGCUUCUGCAUGGGACCAGCUGGCAUCCCCUUCCUGAUGACAGCCGAGCUCUUCACGCAGUCACACCGCCCAGCUGCCUACAUCAUGGGGGGGUCCCUCAACUGGAUCUGCAACUUCACCAUUGGCUUCAUCUUCCCCUUCUUGCAGAUGUCAGCUGGUGCCUUUUGCUACUUGGUUUUCUGCAGCAUCUGCCUGCUGGUGGCCCUGUACAUCUACCUCAUCAUCCCUGAGACCAAGAACAAAACCUUCAUGGAGAUCAGCCAUAGCUUUGCCACUCGCCGCUCUUUCCUCUCCAUCCCAGCCCACCUCACUGGGAUGGUGAAGCUUGAUGGCUAUGGGGCCUUGGAGAGCAGGGCCCUGGAGGGCUCAGUCUCCACCCUACCCUGAUCUGGGUGGGAUGGGGGGUUGGUGGGGGGCUGGGGAGGCAAGCAAGGCUCAAUUUUAUCAGACUCAAUCAGCUCUGGACCUCCCAAGACAUCUCACCAGGCUGCAGCCUGCAGCCAGGAUGAGCCCCAGUGAUGCACCAGGCUUGCACUGACAGCAUCACCCCAUGCUGGAAGAGAUGCCCUCCCAGAGAUGAGGGGACCUCCUGGGGGCAGGGGGCUCACAUCACUCCUGGGUAUGUGGACUUGCCAAGAGCUGCCCUGCACGAGGUGUUUAAUAAAGAGCAUUGCCUUCA